AUGAGUCUAGAUGAUCUUGGUGGUUCAAAGGUUGUUAGUGAACCUAAAAAACAAUUCAUUAAACUUUUAACAUUUAACACUUGGGGUCUAAAAUUUAUAUCAAAGCAUAGAAAGGAGAGAUUGCGAGCAAUUGCAGAUGCUCUUGCAAAUCCCAAGAGUCCUGAUGAAGAUUAUGACAUAGUUGCUUUACAAGAGAUUUGGUGUGAAGAAGAUUGGCAGUACUUAGAUUUAGUGUGUCGUCCGCGAUAUCCGUAUAGACGAGUCUUUAAAGCUGGUAUAGUAAGUGGUCCUGGGUUGGCUGUUUUGUCAAAGAUUUCCAUUGCCGAAACUUUUCUUUACCGGUUCCCCAUCAAUGGCCGGCCAUCCGCAUUUUUCAGAGGUGACUUUUAUGUUGGUAAAAGUAUUGCAGUUACCAUGUUCCAGCCACACCACCCUGAUAUUUUGCCAAUUGCAUUACUAAACUCCCAUAUGCAUGCUCCCUAUGGUUCUGGAGAUGCCAGUUACUCUACUCAUAGAGCCUGCCAAGCCUGGGACUUUGCCAAAUUGGUUCGAAUGUUGAAAAAAGCGGGGUAUGCAGUAAUUCAAGUCGGUGAUUUAAAUUCUAAGCCAGACUCGUUGCCAUACAAACUAUUUACCGUUGAAGGUGGACUAACCGAUUCUUGGAAUGUUUUGAACGCGGAUAAUGUUGUUCCAAAUGACCAAAUAGCUACACUUUCUCUUGAGGACCAAAUAUCGUUAGCAGGCGUGACAUGCAAUUCUAGGCUUAACACGUGGAGGGAAUCCAGACCACUUUGGGAGGCCUGUCGUUUGGAUUAUGCACUAAUUGAUGCUUCUAAUAUCACACCAGUGGCUGCUCAGGUUAAGUUUGUUGAUAAAUUACCCCCUCCUCUUUCUUGCUCCUACUCAGACCAUUUUGCGUACAGCGUGGAUUUGGUGAUUAGGCCAAAGGAAGAAAGAAUUGGACUGGCUGAUGAAGUUUCAGAUAAUGAAGAAAAGGAAUCGGUUUAUAGAGAACUUUUGGCUGAAAUAUCUCAAUACCGAAGAUUCACAAUCCCAUUCCAAAUACUUUGGCGAAAGUUGCAUUUUAUAAUAUCGAUCAUAUUUGUUGUUGGAAUGCAUGUUGCAGUGGUUUUUGUUGCAAACGCAGCAGCUUGGGUUUCUGUGAUCUUUUUGUUUUUGACUACAUUGGUGGUGGUGACAGGUUUAAUCAAUGGGUUAAUAUGGUAUAUGGGGGUCCGGGCUGAGCUGAGAGCUUUACAGGAAGUACAAAUGGAAGUGGAAGAUGCUUAUACUUAUAUCAGGAAGAAGGAGGUAUAG